CACAGCGCCGUCCAUCUCCAGCUUCAUGCCACAAUGACACACAAACCGCGAAUAUUUCAACAGAAAAGGAAUCAGGACAAACGCACAAGAGGUUUCUAGCCAGCCAACGUGCUGCUCUGUUUGUGAAGCCCUCUCUAUGGUGCAAAGUGACUCUGUGGCCAUGGGGAAUGGUUCAAUCAAAGCCCCUCGGCUGGAGGAGACUUGCUUGGCUUCAGGUAUUAAAGAGUCACCAGUGUGGGAGUCAUCGGAGCAGCUGAGGCUGAGGAUAGCCUGGCUUGAGCAGGAACUUUCCCAACGAGACCAUGAGCUAAGAGCCCAGGAGCUUCGGCUGCAGACUUUACAGAGGGAGCUUGAGGCCAAAGUCUCUCAGAUUGACAAGCUUCAGGAUGCCAUCGGCUACAACAACCUGGGACGCUCUCCGCCAGCCAGGCACAGUCACAGGCUGCUCAGCGUUAUUAAUCAGGGCUCAACACGAUUCCAUAGGGUGGCUGUAGAGGUUCACCGCCGACUCAAGGCCAAGGAAGGGGUUUCUGCUGAGCCUACAUCUGGAAAAUUCUACAGUGGUCACAAGGCCCAUCAUGGUUCUACCGAGAGAACACGCAUCCGCAAAGACUCAGGCACCAAGAGACUGAUCAAUGAGGCCAUCAUGAACAAUGAUUUUCUGAAGAAGUUAGAGCCUCAACACACACGGGAGAUGGUGGACUGCAUGUAUGAGAAAACCUUUACUGCCAAUGAGCUGGUAAUCCAAGAAGGGGAGCCUGGGAACUACCUCUAUGUGCUUGCAGAGGGCUUUUUGGAGGUGAUGCAAAAUGGGAAGCUCCUGGGGCAGAUGCGACCUGGAACCGCUUUUGGAGAGUUGGCCAUCCUCUACAACUGCAAGAGGACUGCCACUGUUAGAGCUAUGACACAGUCUCACAUCUGGGCUCUCGACCGGCAGAUGUUUCAGAGUAUCAUGAUGAGAUCCACUCAGGCCAGACAUGCAGAGUACUUCAGCUUCCUGCGCAGUGUGUCUUUAUUAAAGGACUUGCCAGAGGAGAAACUUGCCAAAAUUGUUGACUGCUUAGAAAUUGAUUAUUUUGACAAAGGAGAGUACAUUAUUCGUGAGGGAGAGGAGGGGAACACUUUCUUUAUUAUAGCUAAAGGAGAGGUGUCAGUAACACAGAGCACUGAGGGAUUUCCUGAACCUCAGGAGAUUAAGACCCUGGGCAUAGGAGAUUACUUUGGAGAAAAAGCACUUAUAAGUGAAGAUGUUCGUUCAGCUAACAUCAUUGCAAAGGAGAAUGACACGCAGUGUUUGGUGGUGGACAGAGAUAACUUUAAUCAGAUGGUGGGUACUUAUGAGGAGCUGCAGGCAUAUCUGCGGGAGUAUGUGGAGCAGCUGUCUAUAAGUGAUGAGAGAAGAAAUGCAGUAAGUCCUCUGCGUGAGCGAGGCACAGAGGCAGCUGAGCUGCGCAAUCUGCGUGAGAAAGCCAAUCGACUGUCCAGUACAUCUUUCUUAAAUGACCUGCAAAUUGUGGCCACUCUAGGCAUGGGAGGCUUUGGCAGAGUAGAGCUGGUGAAGCUCAAAGAUGAAGACACUGCUUUUGCUUUGAAGUGCAUUAAGAAGAAGCACAUUGUCGACACUAAGCAGCAGGACCACAUCUACUCUGAGAAGAACAUUUUACAAAUGACUAAGUGCAACUUUAUAGUCAGAUUGUUUCGGACAUUUCGGGAUACUAAAUAUGUGUACAUGCUGCUCGAGGUCUGUCUUGGUGGAGAGUUAUGGAGCAUUCUAAGGGACAUGGGCUUCUUUGAGGAAGCCACUGCACGAUUCUGCAUUGGUUGUGUUCUGGAGGCCUUUGAUUACCUGCAUGGAAUCGGUGUUGUUUACCGAGACCUCAAACCUGAGAAUCUACUUCUAGAUACAGAGGGAUACAUUAAAAUGACUGAUUUUGGCUUUGCUAAGAGAAUUGGUUUGGGAAAGAAAACCUGGACAUUCUGUGGCACACCAGAGUAUGUGGCCCCUGAGGUCAUUAUGAAUAAAGGCCAUGACUUUGGAGCCGACUGUUGGUCUUUAGGGAUCCUCAUUUUUGAGCUCCUCACUGGCAGCCCUCCUUUCGUAGGAUCUGAUCCUAUCAAGAUCUACACAAUGGUGCUGCAUGGCAUAGAGAAGGUGGACUUUCCCAAGAGGAUCAGCAAACGCCCAGAGGACUUGAUCAGGAGGCUCUGCAGGCUCAAUCCUGCAGAACGACUUGGCAAUAAGAAAAGUGGCAUUAUUGACAUCAAGAAACACAAGUGGUUUCAGGGAUUUAACUGGGAGGGACUACGACGACGGAAGCUCACAUCUCCACUAAAGAGAGAGCUAAACGGACCUCUGGAUCACAGUUAUUUUGACAUGUUUCCCCCCGAGCUGGAGGAACCUCCUGAUGAGCUUUCUGGAUGGGAUAAGGACUUCUGAAAGUCAGCAGUUUUAUUUUUAACAUGACUAAGCCUGCCUCAGUGAAACCACACAAGAGAAGCCACACAGAAUAGCUGAAAGAAUAUUCUGUAUGAAUUUAACCAAAACACAAAAUUAACAAAAUGUGUGUAUUAGUACACAUUUUAACAACACUGUUAAUUUUGUCCCUGAAUCGACUCUAAAACACUAAACAAACUGAUAAAACCUGAAAGAUGAACAGGAGCUUCUCCUGCUUUGGAAUACAAGCGGGUAUAAUUCGAGACAGUAUCAACAAGAAGUUCUACAGUGGACACAUGAUGACUACUAACAAACAUCACACAAAAUGUAGAACCAAAUCACUGCUUUAAAGGCGAAGAAAGUAAAAAACAUUGUAAUCUAAUUACUUUAAUCAGUAACACAAACUCUAGUGCCAACUAAGGUUUUCUGAUUAUUUAAAUACUAACUGGUGUGUAUGUCUUUCUUUUUUCAUUAAUAUUAUAAUCAUUUCCUUUUUAUUUACUUGGAAACCAGAUCUUCCUGAGAUGUGCCUAUCAGUGAGUGGCAGUGUUUUAUUCAUAACUGUAUUAUCUGCCAUUCAGUAAUCCUCAUAUCAGUGUCUCUUGUUAGUCUUGGAUUUAUGGUAUUGUAUCUACUGUAAAAUCAGCUUUAUUUAAUCUCUUUCCUGUAAUUGAUUUUAUAAUACAGUAUGUUAUUACUAGAGAAGUGAAUAUAUGUAAAUUGGGCUUUAUACAAGUCUACAGAAGGGGCAGCAAUUAAAAGUUCGAAAAGGACAAUAUAAUGUUCAGAAGAAAAUAAAAAUGUUAAUAAUAAUAAUAUUAAUUCCUAUAUUAUUAUUCUUUGUCAAUAUAAUGUUGUUUCUUGUACGAUGUACCUAUAUAUGCACAGCCAUGUCACAUUUAUAAUUUUUAAAAGGACAAUAAAUAUUAUAUUGCUUUCUUUUUA